AUGGCAUUUGCAAAAACCCCGGUCCAACUGGUCGACGAUUAUCAGAUGGCCAACGUCUUUGAUCUUUUGUCCCUGAAGAAGAGAGUGAUAGUAAUCACAGGAGGCGCCCAGGGUAUCGGCCUAGCCCUCGGCUUCGCUGCUGCUGAAGCUGGAGCAUCAAUUGCCAUCGUUGAUGCGGCCGCAGAGCCCGAUGUGGCAUUCAAGGACCUUCGAGCCUCCACCAAACAGACAGAGUUUUACCGGUCGGAUGUAACGGAUUUCCAACGCUUGAAAUUGACGUUUGAUUCCAUUGCCCGGGACUUUGGGCGUAUUGAUGGCUUCCUGACUGACGGUGCCCAAAACAAGAUCACGGCCGCAGGUGUCGUCUCAGACGAGCCAAUGCUGCAGCGAGACCCGGCGAGCGUCAAGCGGUGCUUGGAAAUCAACUCUCUGGGCACUUAUUACGCGAUUCGCCUGGCAACGGAGCAGAUGGUGAGACAACCCUUACGAAGGCCUGGCGCCGGCGCUGGGUCCAUUGUGACGAUCGCUUCAGUAUCGGUCCAUCAGGCAAGCCGGGGCCAGUACACCAGCGACUACUGCAUGAGCAAGGGAGCCGUUUUGUCUCUGACGAAGCAACUCGGCGUCGAGCUCGCCGAAUAUCGCAUACGAGUCAACUGCUUGUCGCCUGGGUAUAUCUCUACGAGUUUGACCACCAGCCUAGUCAAUAAGCACCCUAGGCUGGGUGAGAUCUUCAAUACAGAGCCUCCGAUGAAGAGAAUAGGCAAACGUUCGGAUCUGAAGGGCGCGACCGUCUUCUUGCUGUCUGAUGCAAGCUCCUACAUGACAAGCGGUGAGAUCCUCAUCACUGGUGGGAUGCAUGCUGGAAGGCUCUAG